AUGAAGGCUGAGCGCACCACGCGCCGACACACACCCCUCCCCAACACUGGAACUCGAGCUUCAAACCGAAUUGCUGCGAAGAAGGAGACCAAAGGAACGAAGCGAGCUGGUUCGAGCCAGAAGAAUGUUCCAUCUGCUCCUCGUGAACCUUCUUCUUCUCAGGAAACCAUCAACAACUCGAGUGGUUCAUCCCGGCGAACCCCCUUCAGCAGCUUCAGCAGCUAUAACACCAAUGAUGGCCACCCAACUGGGCAGCUCGAGGGAACUCUUACUCUCCCUCGCCGUAAUCCUCAGGUGCAUGACGCUGUUGUUAUGUCAUCGAAUCCUUCCAACAACGGAGCUGGGUCAGACACGCCCCUUCAGACAGCUGGUGAGGUCGCUCUGGAGACCUAUGGCGACCGAAUAGUGAUCGACAGCACUCUCGCCAGAAAGCUGGCCGGCGAAGCAUCCCUACGACCCAUCCGGCAGCGUCGCUCUGACAUGGAUCUCAAUAUGGAGCGCCGCAGCAAUGUCGAAGCCUUCUUGGCUCAUCUCACUGGAGUCCAGGUCAGCCGUUCUUGCAAGAAUUGCUCCAAAGGACAUGGUCCCUGGUCUGAGUGUAUCAUCUACGAUGGCCAGAUGUGUGGUAGCUGCACCAACUGCUGGUUCAAUGCCAGUGGUUCUCGAUGCACUUUUCACGAGAACAAUCAGAACUCCAUCUAUGCCCCUGCACCAUUGUAUCACCCCCAAUCCGCGGGAAUGCCAACACAGCCUUUUCAAUACGCCCAGCUUAAUCCCUUGGCGCUCCCCCAGGGCAUCCUCCCGAUGAACCGAGAAGCUCCCGUGUCUGUCUCCGUGGAUCCUCAAAUGCGUAACCAGUUCGCUAUGAGCAUGAUCCAGACCUUGGGACUCGGUUCCGGCAGAUAG